CAUCCUCUCACAGCACAUUUCGUCUCACCGCCUCCAUUUCUUCACUUAUCGUCUCCACAAUAAAUAAUCUCGUUCUCAGAUUUCGCACACUCUCUCUUUUCACUGCUUAAGGUGUUUGUGGUCGUAGCAGUGUUUUCAUUAUCCCUAAUCAUAGGAUUAAGCAAGGAUUACGACAAAUCUAUCCACACGGCGGCUCCUGUGUUGUGCGUGUGGGGGAAACAACAAACGCCGGCGAAUGAUCCUCGCUUCCAGUGCUAUGGUGCGGACUGUUUCGUUAUUAGGCAAUGUGCGUUUCAGUGUUAUUGCACGAAGUCCAUCAGAAAUGUGACAGCAAUGAGUGACAUACGUUGAAUGAUUGUGUGCCAGUGAUAAUCACUUUUAUCGGAUUAGUUUUAAAAGAACAGUGUUUGUGUUAUUCUCAUCCCAUGUGUUACUCUAUGCCGGAGCAGUGUUACUUGUUGACAUGAGCCAUGAAUCUUCUCGCUUCAAAAAAAGUCGGAUCCGAAUCUUUUUACACCGACAGCUUCAAUUACGUAGGGUAUUAUAAAAUUUAAGAAAAUCCGUUACCAGGUAUGGACAGCGUAAAGGCAACUGCUGAGAUAAAUGGAAGUAGAAGGCAAACCAAGACAACGUGUCAGCGGAAAAAUUACGAAUAUGGGCCCCAGUGAUCAACUAGCUAAAGAACUUAGCCUAAAGAUCACCGCGGGAGGGGUGUGGAGAGGAGGAAGAACCAUGUUCUUCGCGCGAGGAGGAUUCUACCUCCACCCACCGUCACCGGUUCCCCCGCCCCUUUGUUCACCUUUACUUUAUAAUCACAUAAAUAGUACGCACUGGAAAAAGGACAAUCUACGUAAGAAUGGCACAAUACAUAGGUAGGCCUCAUUCUUCAUAGUCCCGUAGAACUAGACAAGAAAAGGGUUGAGAGGGCCACAAAUGUUUUAAUUAUUAAUUCCUGAAUUCUUCCUUUUUAAAAAUUCUUUGAAUGUGAUAAAUGUAACUCUUUUUCCUAUCCAAUGGGAGAUGACGAUGGGGUCCAACAUCUAACUGAUAGUUUUUCGAGGAAAGUGACAGCCUUCCAAGGUGCCAAAAGGUGAUGUCAUAUUCUUGACCGCGGUUAAAAACUAGCCAUGAAGAAGAUUCCACUGAGGGCCGCGCGAGAAGCGGGUAGGAUGGUUAAAUACACCCAGUGUUCCCCCCAAGAAAUGCAGCUGGAUGAUGAUUUGGAGGAUAUCGCGAUAGUGAGCAACGCGGCACCUGAGAGUGUUAAGUACGGAAGUGGGUCGCUGACGGCCAACGGGCCGCGCGUCGUACCCGGCAUCAUCACGACGACGGGUACGACGGACCGCUUGCAGAGCGCGGGCCGCAGCGUCAGCCAUACUCGCAUCCAUACUGCCUCGCCCGCUUUGUACGGGACCAAAUCCUCCGAGAAUUUGAAAUCUGGUUCUAGGCAAUCUCUUUUAGAAUCUGUGAGCAGCCGCUUCCUGGGGGGCACAGGGUUGACCUAUGGGGCAAAACGCCGGUCCAGGGACUCGACCAUGGCCUUCGUGAACAGGGCUCACGUGAGCAGUGAACUCGAGAUUCCACGCAAGACGAGAGACCAACGGAAAAAAGAAAUCAAACGUGAAUUCGAAAAGUGGGAAUCUUCCACAUCUGCUGGAAGCGCCGAGAGGGCCAGCUGCAAUUGGUCAUUUGUAUUUGAUCCCUCUGGACGUCUCUGCUAUUACUGGUCCAUGGUAGUCAGUGUCGCCUUCCUGUACAACUUCUGGGUAAUGAUAUACCGCUUCGCCUUCCAGGAGAUCAACAGGUCCACUAUAGGGGCCUGGUUCACAUUCGACUAUCUGGCAGACCUACUGUACGCAUUAGACAUCGCCUUCCAUUUUCGGACAGGUUACCUCGAAGAAGGCGUGCUUCAAACAGAUUCAGUGAAAUUACGGCAAUUCUACAUGAAUUCCACCAUGUUCUACAUCGACUGUCUGUGUCUCCUUCCACUGGAUGUUCUUUACCUGUCUAUAGGCUUCAAUUCGGUUUUACGAUGUUUCAGGUUAGUGAAGAUCUACAGAUUCUGGGCGUUUCUGGACAGAACGGAACGUCACACGAACUAUCCUAAUGUAUUUCGAGCCUUGAGUUUGACACACUACGUUCUGGUGAUAUUCCACUGGAAUGCCUGUUUUUACCACAUCAUCGCGACCAAUGGCGGUUUCGGGUCUCGGGACUGGUUCUUUCCUAGUGAGGGCAAUUGCAAGGACACCAUGUGCGAGUACUUGCACGCUUUCUACUGGAGCACACUAGCUCUCAGUACAAUAGGGGAACUUCCCCGACCUAGGACUAAAGGCGAGUAUUUCUUCUUAAUUCUGGAGCUCACCAUAGGUCUCUUCUUGUUUGCUGCCGUGCUUGGACACGUUGCCAAUAUAGUCACCAAUGUCAGUGCGGCCAGGAAGGAGUUUCAAGCCCGUCUGGAUGCCGUGAAGACAUACAUGAGGAUGCGAAGAGUGCCUGACCACCUUCAGAAUAAGGUGAUCCGUUGGUUCGAUUAUCUGUGGGUGACUCAGAAAUGCUCGGACGAGGAGCGGUCCGUCGGCUGCCUGCCGGACAAACUGAAGGCCGAGAUCGCCAUCCACGUCCAUCUCGAUACCCUGAAGAGGGUCGAAAUCUUCCAGAACACGGAGGCGGGAUUCCUCUGCGAACUCGUCCUCAGACUCAGACCCGUCCUCUUCAGUCCCGGUGAUUACAUCUGCAGGAAAGGCGAAGUGGGCAAGGAGAUGUACAUAGUGAACCGCGGCCGCCUGCAGGUAGUUGCCGACAACGGUCGCACUGUGCUGGCCACCCUGAGGGCGGGCAGCUACUUCGGCGAGAUCAGCGUUCUGAAUAUGGGGACGGCGGGCAACCGGAGGACCGCCUCUGUCCGCUCCUUGGGCUACUCGGACCUCUUCUGUCUCUACAAGCAGGACAUGUGGGACGUGCUCAAAGACUAUCCGGCUGCUCGAGUGAGGCUGGAGGCCAUCGCUGUCAAGAGGUUACACAAGUACAAGAAAGAACCACUCCGGAAAAUCGCAAUGGGUCGCUGUCGUAGUACUCCAGGUCUUGUAGAAUCAAGAGGGAAAGUGCGCCUUGAAGAUAUGGUGGUUGGUACAGGAAAAACAGCUGCGGAUCCAAAUUUUUCGGCAGGGACACUUUUUGAUGAUGCGGCGGUGAACGGAACUCCAUCCUCUCACCAUGACACCGAGCACAGGAGUUCGAGCAGCAGCAAUACCCACUACGGGGACAUCACGGGUGGGAUUCCUAUGGAAUCCUUGCACCUUUCAGCUCAGCAAUCAGUGGAGAACCAAAAAGGACCAAGAAGACUCUCAGUAGGGCAGUACCCUUUGGGACCCAACAACACUCAGCGCCUUCCCGCUCCAAAAGGCAGUGGCAUAAGACCUGCUCCAUCCUAUUUGUCCCUUCACUCUGGAUCCACCAACACCAGGCCAGUUUCGCCCUACCAGAACACAACAGAUAGUCCUUUUAUAUUGGACAAGAACAGCGUCCAAUUUCCAUUUGGGGGCAGGAUACCUCCAGAGCCCUCACAAGAAGCACUGCUUGCCGAGAUUAAAAGACUACGAGAGCGUUUAGUGACUCUGGAGGCAGAUAAUGCAUCCAUGAGCUUGAAAUUAAGUCAGCAACAGUGGGAGGUACAAAACAGGUUAGCAGAAAUAGAACUCCACAUCUGUUCCACAGGGGGACCUCCUGGAACAGUAGGUCCUAUGUCAACGAGUAGCGGGAGUGGGGAUGAUUUUGAAAGGAAUAGAGAAUCCAUAAUAUAAAUGCCAUGUUGCCAACUUACUAACAGAUAAUUUAAGAAAUUACUAUUGAAAUGCUCAAACAGAGCUUUUUUUAUCACAAAGAAAAAUAUUUAAAAAUAGGUAACCUUUUAAAAGCUUGUUCGGGAAGGAUUUCUCGAAAUAUUGUGCUCUAAGAUCAUGAUUUACGAAUUAUGGAAGAUACAUGUUAGCGUCCAUUGCAAUGGUUUAAAGUAAACAUGUACGUGAUUAUUCAAUAGUCAAUUUUAGUUUGUGAUUUUAAAAAUAAAAAUUUUCAGUUUUUGCUCAUGUAAUCGAGGAAUACAAAUAUUUACCCCCAAUAAGUGCUUACUUUACUUUCUAAAUCAGAAAUUUAAGUAAAAUACAGAGAUUACACAGGAAACUUUACUCUGUUUAAUCACGCCUCUCUAAUACUUCAUCAGAAAUCAUAUUGUAUAGUAAAACAUACAUGUAUCAUACAUACUUUCUCAUACAUACAUGUAAAUUUUAUACAUAUGCACAUAUACAUGUACAUAUUAUCGCAGAUAAAUUCCUAUAUAUAAUAUAUAUAUAUAUAUAUAUUCUAAGCAUUAAAUAAAUUUUUUCCACCUUUGAAUUUUCAUCAAACUCUUUCUGUACGAAAUAUAUACUAACGAAGUAUUAACAUAAAGUAUUAACAUAGUAUUAAACGAUAAACUUCGCAUUAUCGUUUAAUACUUAAAUUUGAAUGAAUUUUUGUUUUGUAUGUCCUAAAAGUCUCAUUCUUCCAUUCCAAAUAAAUGCCAAAAAAGUAUUUAAUUUUUUUUUUUAAUGAAGGGAAAGAGAACUUUGAGGGAAAGCGAUCUUUUGGAAGUAAUAAAAAACACAGCUUAAUCAUUAUUGUAGAAGUCAGACAACAAGAAUCAAAAGUAUAUUUGUAAAUUUUCCAGGACUAGUUUCGAUGGUUUGACUACAGAACCCACCUCCUCAGCUGCCAAAGUGCAAACCUUUUGAGGAAGAUGAUUCUGUAGUAAAACCAUCGAAACUAGUCCUGCAAAAUUUACAAAUAUAAUGCUGAUUCUUGUUGUUUCAUUUAUCCAAUAAUCAUUAUUCGGUGUGUUAUUUAACCUAAAUUAUAGAUUAGUCAAUUUUAACUAUUAUACGUUUCUUGCUGUUUAACGUUAAAGGAAAACAGAACUGUUCUAUAUUUAAAACUAAAUAUUCGCAAAACGCAGUUUUUAUUGGGCUUCGAUUUCAAACUUAUACUUGUAGCACGUUUUGGGAAGCAACGGCAGAGCUGCUGUCUCUUCUGGAACAAAAUUAUUUUAUGCAAGUAAAUUUUAUACACUUAUCAUCCCUUGAAGACCAGUGAUCUUGUUAUUUUUGCUCUAAAUGCAUUAUGAUUCUUUUUUUUUUUUUUUCCAAGUUCUUCAAACAAAGGAUAAAUUUUAGCGGUAAUCAAAGUUGUUUUUCAUCACGUUGAUCUGCUGUAUAAAUAUUUUAACAGUUAGUUAAAUCUUGAUCAAUGAUGAAAAAUUAACCUAUUUCAACCAGUUAUGAUAAACAGUGCAUUUCAAAACAUAUCGAAGCUAGUUGAUUUCUUUAACUACUAAUAGGAACCAUCUAUUUCCAGUUUAAGAAAAGAAUCAAAUAAGACAGAUUCUUUUUUUGAUGACGUAAUAUCUUUCAGUGACAGAAUCUUUAAGUUUUGUACCUAGAAUAAAUUCGUUAGGACGAUAUUUCUUUAAAACUUUAUGACACGAUUGCCAUUUUGAUCGAACAACCAACUUUAUUAGUCAAAUUUACAGAAUAACUGAAAAACGUCUCUAAGCGCGUGCAUCUUUCAAGCACGGAUAUUUUAUACGCGAAGUUUCUUUACAUUUCUUACUGGUAUGUUGGUGGCGUAGCAACGCAAAUACGUUUACAAUCACAAAAUGAGUCAACAUUCUAACAACAUUCCACUGAAUAUUAUUGUAUAGCUUUGAAAUAUUAAAGUUUUAUUAUGUUACUUUUUAUUUUUAUUGUUCGUACAAAUAAUAUUUAAUUAGUAAAACUAGUCUGUACUUUUAGCAGCAUGUUUAUGGAUUUUUGAAGAAUUAAUUCCGAAUGGGAAUUAAAAUUUUUAUUCCUCUUUUCCUUAAUUAAUUUUUUGAAUUCAUUUUUUAUUGUAAUUGCAAACAUUUGAAGUCAAAAAUGCGUUUCUGUAUUUUUUAAAUACAAAUGUAAAUAUGAUUAAUUCUUUAAUUUAAAAUCAAAUCAUACUUCAAGUGCAAAUUACGCUACUCUUUUCUUUGAAUGCGGGUAACUCCGGUUCGAUUUCCAGUCGACACCUACUACAAUUUCCGAUGGAAUUUUCAGUAGAAAUCAUUACUUUCUUUAAGAAAGAAAACUUUAACAUGUUUUCAAGAUUCUAAAAUCUUUUUUAAUUGCAGUAUUAUGCAAAUUUUAACAUGAGUAAUGCAUAACUAAAAAACCGAAAUUAAUGUAUUACGUAUUAAAAAUUCUUUGUAUGCAUGCUUAGGAAUAUUAAAUCUCAUUUUUUUAAUAAAUCAAUUAUAAUAGUAUUAACAGUGUCAAUAUGAUAAGACGCUGAACAUUUUUUUUUUUUUUUUUUUUUUUAAAGUUACACAAUACUCACUUUCUGCUAACAAAGAAUUAGCCUACCGUUGAGAGAAAGAGCUUCGGUAAAAGGUACCGUAAAACCUCUUUUACAGCGAAAAGAAAAUAAACAGGUAGCGCCAUCUACUAAAAUGAAGCAGUAGCAGAAGAUCGUUUAUGAAAUUCGAAAAAUUUUUUAUGUAUGUUUAAAAAUAUUUAUAUUAUAUAUUAUUAAAGAAAGCUUUUAUUAACCUUUGAAUUUUCACACUUAUAAAUCUUUAGAACUGACAUAAUUUUACAUACAAAGAAAGAUGCAUAUUCGUUCUAUAACUACAAUUCAAUUCAUGUACAAUAUUCUGUUAGCUAAUGCUUGUGCUGUAUCUGAAGCAUAAGAUUAUGAUAAAACAAUAAGUAGUAGCAAAGACAAAAAUUAAUGAAUUUUUUUGUUGUUUGUUCCUGUGUAUUUGUGCAAAAUAACUUUUGCUUAAUUUAUUUCAUAUUUUAGCAAUUCAAAAAAUAUGCAUAUAAACAAUUUACUAGCAUUUCUUUUUUACUCAAGUACUGUAAUUUAUCUCUUAAAAUGGCAAAGAUAUUUAGGAAUCUACCUUUUAAUCAAACAAUCCACAUCUCGGAAUAUACCACAGCAGAUAUUAAGAUAUUCAUUCAGUAUAUGUUUGGUUGAUUUUAUAAUGAUACAUAUAUAUUCAAGUACUUCAGAAAGAAUAAUAUUCGAUCAAUAAUUAGUGUUAAGCAGCUAAUGGUAAACAAAUAAAAUUUAUUUAACAUUUGCUUAACUAAUGUUUCCAUGUCUUUACAUUUAUCUCAGAAUCAAUAAAAUUAUUUCAGUAAUUAGCAGACGAUCAAAAAUAACAUUCUUUCAUGUUCUGUUACUCGUACAUUAGCUAAAAAGAUAUAAGGCAUUAUUAUUUUUAAGCUACUUUGUGUAUUCUGUUUAAUCUUAAUAUAAAUAUUUGUUAAAAAUUCAUAAAAUUUAUUUCCCUGUAACAAAAAGAACGCAUAGAAUUUGAAAUAUUACAAAUUGAACUUAAUUCCUUGCACAUAAUUUUAAAAUAAUUCUAAAUGACAUUCAGGUGAAAAUUCAAUUCUGUCUAAUGAACAAUACAAACUGAUUAUUUUAAUUAUAUUAAACUUAUUUAUAAGCAUGUUCAACACAGAAAUGCUGUGAAUCAACGCCUCAUAUUCAAGUAUAACAUUUGACAAGAUGUGAGAAAUUAGGUAGCCAAGUUUUUAGGUAAAAGUUGGCAACAUUGGUUUCAUUUCACUAAAAGGUGAAAAGGUUUCUCACACUAACAAUAUAAAACUAAAAUAUUUGUUAUAGAAAGAAACGUGACAGUUUAUUUAGCCUAAAGAAAUUUCACGCAUUUCGUAGGUUUUUAGAAAAUCUCUUCUUUUAAAUGUACAUUCCAUAGUUGUCUGUAGCUACAGAUAUCUUGGUUGAAAAAUAAGCUUCAUAAAUUCCACAAUCUUUUCACGAUCGUCUUUUACUAGGGGAAAACAUUGGGGGUUUCAAUCAACAGAGCUAACAAAACUUCAUAUAUAUUCUAUCAAGCUUUUACCAAUUUACGUACGAUUUUGAACAACUGUGAAGUUAAGCCCAAUCAAGUGAUUCCUAAAAAACAAUUCAGUUUUAAACAAAAUCAGCUACUUUUCUACUUUAAAUUCAAUUUCAACCUCUUUGACUGUUGCAUCUUAAGAAGAUUAUUGGAACUGUUUGUGUGAUAUAGCUUUGCAUUACGGUAAAAGACGUUAACGGAAUUGUAAAUAACGUGUUGAAUCGCAUAAUUGAACUUUUAAAAAAAUCCAUCAUACAUUUGUCUUUCAAAUGAAGGAGAGCUUUGGCGUUGAUUGAAGGGACGUCGUUCAUAGACACAUGGUGGCUUUGUGUAUAAAUAAAUUAUUAUUCUUAACCUUUUCAAAUUCCAAAUAUAAGAGCUUUUUUAAUAGACCUGUUACAUAACUGAUGCAGAUUUUGUCUUUGCUUCCUUUUCUUGCUAUUAUAACAUGAAAUAAAAGAAAAUUAUGACCAAUA